AUGCCUCGUCCGGACGGCAGCGGCCGGGACAGAAGGGGGCCCCGUGAGGGAGCGGUGAAAGUGUCCACAGCCUGGGCCCUGAAAGACCUCAAGCGCGCGAUCGCGAAAGCUGAAGGCGUCGCCCUCACUGCGGACACGAACCCCGCCUCCGUCGCCUCUGGGUCUGAGGCUCUCAUCAACAUCAAGGUCACGGUUGCACCCAACAUCACGGUUCCGUUGACGGUUGGCCCCACGCAGACGGUGAGGGACCUGUGGGGCAUGGUUAGCCGCGCAGCCAGAGCCGCGAGUUCCGCUACCGUCGCCAACGUCGCAGCUCAAGCCGACCAAUCAGGAUCGUGCGCUGAUGCGGAGGCUGACAAAGCGGCUACGGCUGCAGCGGUCGUGGCAGCGGCAGCAGCCGCGGCGGCCGAAGGCUCUGGCCCAGGAGGUGUGGUUGGUGAUGGCCAGGGGAGCGCAAAAGGCGUUGCUGCCGACGACAACAACAACAACGAGCCGUGCUCCCUGCCUCAGGGACAAGUCCUGAUGCGGCACGAAGAGGGCGCCGGAAGGGCAGCAGCUUCGGCGGUAACCCUAGCGGAGAUGACGACCGGGAGAACGUCGAGCAACCCGAGGGCCGCCCACGCUAUCCCCGGGCUUCUGUGCGCGGAGGGCGCCGCCGGGGGCUUCCUGUGUUUCCCCGAGCCGACGCUGGGGGAAGACGGCUGCUGCCUUGAGGAUGGCGAAGAGCUCGUCCUCGUGGGCCCCGGAGCCGUCUCCUCGGACGAUAUCCCUGCGUGGGUCGCCCACGUCCGCGUGCUCGGGCAGCCGGUGGGCUGCAUCACCAUCCCGAACAGGCGCCUUGGAGAAGACCCCGCUUCUUCUUCUUCUUCCGCGCCUGCGAUGGCCGAAGGACCCGGUGGUGGCGAGGGAUCGGGCGGAAGUUCUAGUGGGAGUAGGGGUGGCAACGGGGCGGAAGCAACAAGCGAGCAGCAGCCGCACCAGGUACGGACUCUCGGUCACUUGCGUACUCUCCUCAGCAAGGAGCUCAUGCUCCCAAGGGACAGGAUGGAGGUCUGGAUCGCCCCUCAAGCGAACGACAACAGCAACAACGGUGGUGGCGCCCCGCCCCGGGGACUUGAGCCCUGCGAGCCCCUCGGAGAAAAAGCCACGUUCGACAGCAUGAGCCUGGGCCACUACGGCCUCGGCCACCUGGGCGUGGUGGACGCUGGCUCGGCAGCGGCGAAGGUCGGCGCCGCCAGGGGUGGGAAGGGUGCCCGCGGUGGGGAAUCUGGGAAGGAGACACGCGGUGGGGGAUCUGAGAGGGGGUCCCGCGGUGGGGACGGGGCGAGGGUACCGGCGGCGGCGGCGGCGGCGACGGCCUCGGCGGGCGAACGCCAGGACGUGAUGAGGAUCGCGGUCAGGACCAACGUUAUGGUGCUCCGUGGGGACGAUGCGGUGGGGCUGCUCGUGUCCAAGUCGGCCUUUAGCCUUCCCCUGGUGAAACGCCUGGCCACUCGCGCCCUCGAGGUAUGCCCGGGCCACAUCACGCGGACCACGUUUGGCAAGCGGAAUUCCGUGUUCUCGGGCAACGACGACAGCUGGCUGCACCAGUACGGGGAGGAGUGCUGCAACGGUGCUCGCCUCGUGGUGUACAUCAACGUGCCAAAAGACAAGAGCCGACCUGGCGGCAAUGGAGGGGGGGGGCACCAGCCAUCGGCAACGGGACCGGCCUCCGGCGAUGCCGCAGAGACCCCCCUCGAGGAACCGAACGUGGGCGGGACCGACCCUAUCGGGAUUUCGAAGGACAGCCUGAGCCCUCAAUCGGCCACGGUGUACCCCCUCCGAUCGACCUUCGAGACCGACGGUUUCGAACUCGGAGAGUGGGGUCUCCUCAGGGAAGGCGUUCGCGUUUUCGUGGUUUUCUACAUGACAAGAUCUCCGCUCUCGGCGUGCGAGGUGGCGGCCACUCGGAAGCUCAGGGGCCCCGUGGGGAUUUUCGGGACCUCUCUGUGCUGGCACCCCCGCCCGGUGCCGCGGCCGUCGGAAAGCAGCGACAGCACCGGAAGGCCCAGCGACGACCCCGAGGAUGAUGAUUCCACCGCGGGGAAAGCGGUCUUCUUGUCGUGCGCCUUUAUGAUGUGCAAGCUCGUCGGCGACGUACAGCACAGUCAGCUAGGCACGGAGAUAGAGGGCAAUUUCUCGGGCUGGCUGAUGAGCGAGCUGAUGAGCCUGCUCAGCCCGCGCUUCCCCCCGGCAGCGCUCGCGCUUAUCCAGCUCGCGAAAGCAGAGGACGUGAGCGAAGCAGAGUGCGCCUGCCUGGUGCAGUGCCUUUGGGGCCUCAUGAGGGAGAUGGUGCCGAGCCACGUCCCCGACAACCUCGUCCUGGAGAACUCGCGGACCUUCCUCUCCUGGCUCUUGGCCCACGCCAGGGACGCGAGGGACACCGCCACGAAACAGCGGUCGAAGGAGUUAGCGAUCAAGAGGCUGUCGAAUCCGACCGAAGGAGUUGCGACAGCCAGCGCCGCGGCGGGAGCGGAAGCGGCAAGCGUCGCCGGAGAAAAGACACGGGCUGUCGCGGGAGCGACCGUGGAGAGCGCUUCCGUCUUGUGCUGCCGCCUGAUGGAGCGGCUCGAGGGAGGACACGCAGUGCGCAUCAGGGUCGACGGGGACUUCCUCAAGGGCGUCUACUCCCGGGGGGGCGCGCAGCAGAAGCGGGAAGAGCUGCUGCUGCUGGAAAGCGACGCGAGCACUGCCGGCGGUGGCGGUGGCGGCGGCGGCGGCGGCGGCGGCGGCGGCGACCGCGGAGAUGGAGUCGGAUCCGGCGAGGACGCAGGGGGCCCCGCGAAAUCGGUAGAACUGGUCCCGUGGGAGGCCGCCGGACGGCUGCUGGUCGCCUGCCAGUCCGCGACCAAGCUACCGUUGCUCAGGUUCACUCGCCCCUUCGACAAAAGUGAGGGCGGCGGCGGCGGCGGUGGCGGCGGCUGCCGCCCGGGGGCCCCGCAGAGUGCUGUUGGUGCCGCCGCAGGCCCGCGGGAGGAAGAAGACGGGAACGGUACGUCCUGGCUGUCGUUGGUGGACUGGCCGACCUGCGUGCGGCGUGCUCGAGAAGGCCCUUCCUUGCGCGUGAUUGCGCCGCUGAAGCUGAUGAACGGGGGGUUCCCUCUUCUCACGCGAGACCGGUCCGGACACUUCUGCGUAUUCCAGGGAAGGGCGCCAUGCUCUUCCACGGAAAUGAAACUCUUCUCGCCCCUGAAGGGUGGAAAUACCUUCCAAGAGGACAUGCACGUGCUCGCACAAGCUUUGGACCGGCUGAGGAAGUCGAAGGGCGGGCUGCCCGGGGGCGAGUUCGAGGAGGUCGUCUCCGCCGCCCGCGUGGCGCGUGAAUGCGUCGUGGUGUGCAUGGACUCUUCCUACUCCAUGGAGGGACGACCGGGGUUCGAAGGAGAAGACGCCAAACAGGCCGAGGCGGAAAAGAACAAGCAGGAGUCUCAGCGCCAAAAGCUGCGGUUCGAUUGGUCGGAGCCGCUAGGGGCCGGUGGAGGCAGCGGUGAUAUGGAAGUGGUGGACUUGACCACCGGUGACGGCAUGGAUGCUGUCAGCGUCGAUGGAGAUGGGCAAGAGAGUACUGAUGGUGAUGACCAGGGCGAGGGUUCGGAUGGUGAUGGCAGCGGUGGAGACGGUUCUGAAAAUGACUGCGACAGCGAUGAGGAUGGGGAAGAGAGUUGUGACGGCGAAGAUGGCAACCCAUCCGGGGCAUCUACUGCUGCUGCUGCUGCUGCUGCUACCCCCGGGAGAAACGGUCAACAGGGCGGGACGAGCGCGGAAACGGGCGGGACCUCCUCGAUGGAAUCCGAAAAGAAAGCGCUUCUGACCGCCUUGCUGCAGCACCCCUGCCUCCCGCAACUGCAAGAAUGCGCGAGCAUGCUCAACACACGGUACAAGACCUACUCGGAGUACGCACGGGGCGCCUCGUCAGCAGAGUGGCAAAUGAUUCCCUACGUCGAGACCGUCCUUGAAGAGCUGGUCCUGGAAAACUUCGAAGCGGAUAAGCCAGCGAGUUGGACCCGAGCAAACCAGCUCCUUCAGGUGUACCGACGUAACCUGAAGGAGUUCAUGGACGUCCUCCUCAAGAGGGGGCGCUUCAAGGACAGCGACGAUACGAAAGACAAGGACGGCGUCUCUGAGUGGGCGCCUCGCCAGUUCCUCUGUCCCAUCACGCAGGGGUUGAUGAUGGACCCCGUCGUCGCCCAAGACGGCCACAGGUAA